AUGGCACAGAUUCUCUCAGUGCACCCAGUGGGGUGGAGCCACAUGAAGGAUCACUGGUGGCAGUUUUUGAUGAUCGGAGUUUUGUUGGCCUGCAUUGCUAUCGGAUCCGCGCAUAUUAUCUGGUCUUUGGUUUCAAAAGCAAUUAAAUCUUACAAGUCGAGAUCAGUUCCAGACAAAAUCCCUUCAAAUGUUUCUCAGCGCCUCGAAAAGCUUGCCAACAGGAGUCUUCAUCUCACCGCGCCCCCAACCAAGCAAAAGCCGUCUUCCUUCGGGGUUUACCUUGGGGCCUUCGAAAAAUCUCCUACGGAAUCACAAAAUCGGUUGCUGCAACAAUGGGACCUUCUGAUCGUCGACCCAUUCCAAAAUGGAACUACACAGGCCAUCACUCAACAUGGUCAAAGCCAGGUGCUGGGUCGAAUCGAUUUCCCGAAAGUCGUCUCGCCAAAAGAAUCAGCUCUUUUGGCAAUUGACAGAAUUGAAGAGAUCCUGGCCAACAAUUUCAACGACACGGCAUAUUCUGGAAUCCUGUUCGCCAAUUGGGAAAACCAAUUUUCUCCAUCUAUCCAGGGGAAACUGUUCGAGGUUAUCAAGAGUCUCGGGUUGGAAGUAUACCUGGAGACGCAAUCACCCGAUUUCUUGAUGAGCCGAAAGUCUCUCCAGAACAGCGCUAUUUCCGGCCUUGUCGUUCGAAACAUUAGCAUUUUGCCCUCUGGUGAAAAGCGUGACUAUUUCCAAAUGGCAAAGCUGCAAUCCACCAUCAAAGCAUUUGUCUCCGAAUCUUGCAUGCGGGACUUCGUUGUUCUUGCAUGGGAAACUCUCGAUAAUGACGCCACUCCCUCGAAUGCUAUUAUUCGACGCUCGAUUCAAUGGUGUAGCUUCUACAGUGCUGUUUGCUGGAUCGGCACCGAGGCCGCUCUACAGGAUGCCGAAUUGAAUGUGCCUACAGUCGAGCCUCUUCCUGCGUUCGGAUGGUUGAAAGAUGCCGAUAUCAUGAAAACCCAUGAUACAUGGCGCUCGAAUCUUCACAUCUCUCCAUUUGCUGACACUCAAACUGGGUGGGAUACCAUCCGUGAGCAUUUCUCGGAGGUUGACGAACUUCUUGACUCUCAGGAGACGGAAGCUAUCUCACCAGAGAGCCCAGGCGCCCGACUUCGUGAUCCUCCAGAGUGGGUGGCUCAGGUGAAAUCGCAGGGAAGCCCGCUUUCCAUCUCCAUGUCCGGUCAAGAAUACACAGCGUUGGGCUGUUUCCCUCUUGGCUCGGAGUCAACGGCAAUGGCUUUUGCUGAAAUCCUCCAGUCGCAACAGCGCCUCAAGGGUCUUAGUCUUCUUCACCCGGUUCCAGCAUCGAAAGUCCAAAAUAUCGGUCUGCUUCUUCGUAACUUUCAAGCGUCACUUGAAGAUUCAAAUUCAGACGAGCACCUCAUCGCAGCUAUCAAGGAGCUGGCUGACAGGGCAUCGAAUGAGUCUCUCAAUGUCUACCUUGCAUUGGAUUCUGGGUUGAGAAAAUCAUCCGAUGUUCGUUUCUGGUCUGUUUAUCAACUCGACGGUGACAACGAUAAGACCGAAAUAUUUGUUUCGAAGAAUGCACCUGGUUUAGCCGGAACUAUCUUGCACACAUUCCUCUCCGCGAAGGGAUUUUCACGACAUGUCUGCUUUGAAACCGAAGUCGCGAUGGCGAGCUGGUCGCAGGAUUUGGUGCCAAAUACUGAUCUUCCUCGACGCAUGACUCAGGAUAUCGAUGUCCUCAGUCCGGAAGAGCGUCUGCUCCUUCUGCAACAUUUGUCGCUGACAGACUCUCAAAGUGAUCUCUCGGUAACCAUUUGCUCAUAUAUUCGCAAGCAACUCCUCGACACCCCCUCGUUCGCCCAGUUAAAAGAGCUCAACACUGUCGGUUACCUCGAUGGUUCUGUCUCUGCAGAGGAACUCAUACAGUCGCGCAUUGAUUGGUACAAGGAACAGGAGUGCCCACAUCCAUCGGUUGCCAGUUCCCUUCGCCUUUUCAACCAGGUUGACGAACUCUUCACCCAAAUUCUGAAGUACCACCGGGAAGACGAGCUUGCAGCCAUCACCAAGGGCCUCUGUGAGCUUACUCAGGAUGGAAAUAUUGAUGCUUAUAUCGACAUGAUGACUCUUUCUCUUUUCUGCGCGGCGCGAAAGGGCUCCUUUGAUGAGAUCUACGCAGAGGUCACUGACCGCAACCCGCUCUUCAACCUUCACCCUGACCAAUCGGCAGCCUUUGCGGAGUCGUUCGCGCUCGGAUCUCGCUGUGAAGCAUACUUUGACGUUGCUCCCAGCGUUUUCGGCAAACUUCUAUCCGAUCGCUUCAGAGAACACUACAAGUUGCCGCAGAACCAACCUCCGGACUGGGCAAAUGGUGCUACAGAGCUUGCGACUGCCUAUGCAGGAGCUCAGAUCGAUGUCAACCCGGACGACAAAUCGAAGCCUAUGCGUAGUUACCAGCGCUUUACUUUCCUCAGUGUCUUCGCCAUUCCAGCUUUGAUCGACAUCAUCCUGCUCACUCUUAUCGGACGUGGUCUGUAUCUUUCUGCUUACAUGACCGUCGAAGAGCAAAACAGCGCGACUAUGGCGUUGAUGAUUUCGCUGCUCCUUUCAGGAGGUAUUGGUACAAUGAUUGCUUGUGGUGGUCCUUACUACCUCAUCUCUAUGGCGUUUGCUGCUUCCAACAUGUUUGUCUUGAUCCGACUCAUUGCUGGUAUUGCAUUCACUAUCGCCGGUGGUUUGAUCGGUUUUGUCGCCAUCUCCAGCGUCAGAGGCCCUCGCGCUGGUAUUAUCUUCUACCUCUAUUUGGUCUCACUGACCAUCUACUUCUCGACCUUUGCUUCUCUCGCAAGUUUCAGUUACCCCGGCUCCACAUUCCUGUCGGGUCGUAAGGCUAUCAUUAUGUGCAUUCCAAUCCUCUUCGUGUCCCCCAUCAUCACCACUUUCACUGGGCACGAUUCUGCGAUCUAUCUCGCCGUUAUCUACAUUUUCAUCGGUGUACUGCUGCUUUGCCUGCGAUCAACUACCUCCAAGUGGGUGACUUGGUAUCAAUCCUUGCGACGGACGGACGAUACCGAAAUUCGCAAAUGGUAUAUCUCUGUCCACGGAAACAAUGAUGAGAAGGUCUUCGGAACUCUCAGUGAUCCAGCUGCACUCAAACUCGCACGUGAAGCUCUUCACGAGGAUGUGAUGGCUGAAAAGAACCGCGGACUAUUUUCAAGGUCAACUACCGACAAGCUCGUCAAGGAGAUCGCUCGCGAUUGGGAAUCUACCAACUUCCUUCUCGAUUGGUACUGCCGAUAUGCUGAUGUUUCCCGUCCAAUCCCAUUUAGUUCUGGAUGGAACAUUCAAACUAAGGUUGCCCUGGAUGUCCUGCGUAAUUCGCAGAAAGGACUAAAGCUACACAAUGCCUUCGUGCACUGGCGCCAGUCUAGCAAGGAGAUCGGCUGCGGUGUUCUCUACUUCGUCAUUGCUCUCCUCGACAAGUGGAUUCAAAUGCUGAGCGGUGAUAAACAGCUUUCCGGUCUCCUCGGAUCUGCCCUUAGCGAUGCGAACCGUAUGGCUACCGGAUUUGCCUUGGCAUACUAUCUGAUUGGUGCUGUUCUCAUCGACACCAAGGCCCAAGAACUUCAUGAAGCUAUUGGCGGCAAAGCACCAGAGUCCGUCAGCGAGUCCAAACAUAUUCGCCCCUCGCAAAAGGGUGAUAUCCACUUCCGACGAAAGGUCUAUUGGCGAACUCUCUUCAAGUUCCUCCUAUGGCAUGUGUGGAGUCUUGCUCUGUCUACCGCUUUGCUCUGGACAUUCCAAGCACCUGUAGAAGGCGUGAUCAUUUUCUUCACAUAUGUGCUUGCCUACACCGGUCUCAUCUGGUACCAAUACACCAAGAUCUUUACCGGUCCCCAUGCAUUGAAGCCACUCCUCACGGGAAUCUUCGUCGGAUUGCCUCUUGGAAUCGCUCUGAGAGUCUGUCUUCCCAAGUUCCCUUAUUCGCAAAUCAUUGGUCUAGGAGCCGCAACUUGGAUUGUUGCCAUACUGUCUCUCUGGAAUGCGAAAAUGGGAAUGCCCAACAAAGUCGACUCCCUUGUUGAGAUGGGCAAGAUUUAUCAUGCUUUCACCACACCCUGGUCCGAUCCCGAGUGGUCCCAGCAGGAGCUCCAGAGUUUUUAUGAGAGAGUAUCUCUCCUGCCAGCCGACUCCCGUUUCCAAGUUUUGCUCAGCGCCCACCCUGGAAUUGAGAUCAAGCAGGCCCUGGUCAAUCGCAGAGAGGAAGUUCGUGUUGAUGAAGCCUUCCCAAACUCCAAGGACAUCAUCACUCAAGCCUUGGGUCUUUGGGAGAAGAAUGAAAUCCAGAUCGAGCUUGUGCCUCAAGGUUCGCUCGGCCCCAGUAUCCGAGCCUUGGGAUGCUAUAACCAGGGUAUACUUCAUCUGGCUAUCAGUGUGAGAGGUCUACACGAUGAGCGACUGGAUAUCAGUGCCAAUUGCCAGAUCAUUGCGGAGACCAUGGUGCAUGCCGUCGCAGAGAUGAUGCUGGGAGUCCCUCAUGAUUAUGCCAUGCUCUCUGAGGCAAUUGUAUCUGGCGGUGUCUCACACACCAUGGCUCGCCAACUCAGAGAGGAAGCCAACACUCCUCUUGUCGUGCGCUGGGCCAAGAAGGAACUUCUGCGUCAGCUUUGCCUUGGCUUCGAGCCAGACCUUCAUUGGGAUAAGUUAACCGUCAAGGUUCGAACUGCUCUCUUGAACCGCUGCCUGGGACUUCACGCGGAUCUCUCCAUCGGCCAACACCAGUGGCUGCGAAAGAGACUCUGUCAAUUUGACUCACAAAGCCUUGAUGUUCAUAUUGCGCGAUGCAAUCUUGGAGCAGCCACUGCGAUCAGCAUUCUCGACUACGCUCACUAUGGAACUGGUGAGGCGGCUGUUCCCAAGGACCCUGAGACUACCGAAUACAUCCCCUACGUCCCCAGAAAAUUGCCAGCGGCCAUUUCAUUCCUUCGCGCCCCAUUCAGCUAUUCUUAUCACACGCUUGGCUCAGUUGUCAAGUUCAUCAUGGUUGCCCUGCUUGCCGAUCCCGAGUUCCAGAGAGAGUUUGAUCAUGUCAGUCAGUCUCUACACACUUUCGUUCGUGUACCAUCGGUCUUCCUGCUCAAUACGGUCUGGGUCUAUGCCAAGAUCUGUCAAGAUCUGGGAUUGUCAUUCUUCUUGUUCCACGGCCGCAAGAACGUCAAGCAGUUAUGGGAAGAGACCAAAUCCAUGACAGUUCACAUCAAGAAGAGCAGAGUCCUCAUUCAAAGCUUGGAUGGAACUUUUACAGCUUUCAGACACCAGGAGACCGAUGGAGGCUUCAAGUUCUACCAAUACGUUGGUGAACACAAGACAGAGCCGAAAGAGGCGAAGGCGCUGAAGUACAUCAGCAGCUAUUCUAGUGAGAUGCUUCUUCUGAUUAGGCAAGAGUUCAAGGAUGGAAAACUCAUCAAUGAGUACCAUUACGACUACCACGUCCCGGGAAAGAAGGGAUUCAAACUGGGCAAAACCUCGACCAACCGCACUCCUCUUGGCCGACGCUGCGUCCAGGGCGAGAAUCAUCUUCAGAGCAUUGCUUAUAACCCCAAGGGUCUCGUCGACAGGGGUUCUUACAUGAAAGAUGGCAACUUGAUUAGUUUCAAGUAUCACUAUCGCAAGAAUCCCCGUUUCGGUGACGAACUCCUCCGUGCUGAAUUCUCCCUGUCUCACAUCACUGCCAAUGUCGCCUGGUGCGCACCUCCCCUUCGUCAUCCUGAGAAGCACAAUCGCUACAUUCCGCACUCAAAGGUUAUGGAAGCGACAUUUGUCCAGCUCGGAAAUGCCGAUGUCUAUGAGAGUCGCUGGCUUUAUGAUCACAAGUUCCACCCGACCAUUUUCACCACCAUCAAUGGAAUGAAGGUUCAAACCCCGCCCAUGAUUGAGCAUGAUUACCUCGGUGUUCUGGCCAAGCCGAAGUAUACCAGCUUCUUGCAUGACAAUCCUUUCCUCUUCUGCAAGAGUCUCAAGUCUAAUAUCUUCACCCGCCUGUUUGGUCUCACAAAGAAGCGUUUUGCUGUCUCCACAUCCAAGGCUCGUUCACUCAUGUGGAAAGCAUGGAAGGAUCGCACUGACCUUGAUGGUAUUGUCGUUCGCUGGAUGGAUGACCGCCUCCUUCGCAAAGACAGCGUCCUCGCUCCAUACUGGCGCAGUCGCGAUUGGGGUAACCUUACGAAUGCAAAGAAGUAUGUCAAUCUUCGCGCAGAUGCCAUCAUGGCCAGCACGGAUCUCGACGACAACAUCUCGAGCUGGACACCUCUGGCUGUCAAAAUCAGCGAUCUGAUGAACUUUGGCCCUGGAGGUGAUGCCGUUGUGACAACUCGCUCCAAGGACUUUGCCAGCGACACUGAGGAGACUCUGCACGUCAUGGCCGCUGACAAUGGUACUUGGCCUAACGAGGAGGUGGUGUUUCUGCCUUCUGCAAAUGACUUUGGUGUGCCGAAGCAUCAGACCGAGCAGAACAUUCAGUCCCUGAAACUCAUCCCACUUUGGGGUUUGGACUUCCUCACUCCCACCCACGGUCUCUUCCACAACAAGCUGGAUUCAGAGGUUGACAAUGUCACAUCCGCUAGCGAGUUUGACAUCAAGAUGAAUUUCAUUCCAAUUCUCACAGCAUUAGUGAAGGGUGCCCGCGCUAUCGAUCUUUCCAAGGCUGACAUUCACCGCGCCACUCGAGCUCUGGUCAACCUCAACACGUAUUUCCAGGAAUCGCGACACUGGUCUCAAGUAUGGAACAGCGAGACUGUGAAACAGACUUGGCGCGAUCUCUGGCUCACGCCAGAUAUGCCCAAUGCGGUUCCCUCUCGUGAGUGGCUUGACACUGAACUCCCAACUCUCGCAUCUCUCGACGUUGCCCUUGAAUUAUGGUAUCGGUACCUCUUCAUCUUCUCUAUUCCGGUUCCCGACAAGAUUCCUGGCGUCUUCCAGGCUUCUCAUCACAGUGUCAGCGCUUCAUACGGCGUUGUUUGCAAGAUCAAGCGCAACUGCACGCUUCAAGUCUGGGACCACGCCAUUGCCUGGAGAGAAACAAAUCUGUGUCUCUCAUCUGCCCUGUGCAAGCUUUCUCCGUUCGUUCGGAAUGCUCUUCUUGGAUUGAUGCGCAUCACUUCUGUUCUGACCUUACACCACGCGGACAUCAUCCUCCCUUGUACAAUUGAGCAUCGAAAUACCUUCCGUCGCAAGAUCGACCCAGUCGUCAACGGCAUCACUGAUAUGCAGAAAUUCGCCCCGGUGCAAGAGAUCAAGUCAGAACGCCCGACCGUCACCAUGCUUUCUCACGUUUGGUAUGCGAAGGACAUCAAGACCGCGCUGCUGGCUGCCGAUAUCAUCAUCAACCAGUGGAAGUUUGAUGAGUAUCACCUCGACAUUUAUGGUGCUAUUGACAAGGCUCCAACCUAUUCAACCGAGUGCCAGGAAAUCAUUGCUUCCAAGGGUCUCCGAGGCCGCGUCACCUUGCGAGGCACGGCUGAUCCAAUGAAGGUCCUGGAGAACACUUGGCUCUUCCUCAACUCAUCCCUGUCAGAAGGUCUCCCUCUGGCAUUGGGUGAAGCUGCCUUAACAGGCGCACCAGUUGUCUGCACGGAUGUGGGCGCCUCGCUGCGCGUUCUUAGCGACCCUGAUGACUUCUCACGAUUCAGCGCAGUGGUUGCUCCUAACGAUGCCCAAGCACUUGCAAAGGCUCAAAUCUCCAUGCUGGCUAUGCUUGGAGAGUGGGGCAAAUACAGUGAGGACACCGACGAUGAGCCGCUGCCAGUUCUCACAUCUUCGCCCACCCCCGAGGAAGUGGCCGCCAUCACACGUCGCAUGUACGCGAAGAGCGAACAGCGUCGCAAACUGGGCAUGAUGACUCGCAAUAUCGUCCAGAAAUCAUUCAGUGGCGAUCGCUAUCUCCGCGAACACGAGCAAAUGCUCUGGAUUGGAAAGUCUGCCAAAAUGAUGGCAAGUCGUGCAGCCGGCGACGCAAUGGAACCCGCCGACAUCGCGACAGCCGUUGAGCAAACCGCCACUGUCGAAGAAGAAGUCAUCACCAUUCCCCGGAAUGCGGUUCACUCCUGGCGCUCCUCGACCAUUUCGGGCAUGUCAACUCUCUACAGUUCGGUAUCAAAUUACCCACUUCAAAGUUAUCGGAACCGUCCCACCUCCGAUAUUUCUGCUCUCAGUCUGAGCAAUGUCUCCACGGAUACUGAGUCCUUCGCUCGACUCCCUGUUUUUGCGCCCCGGCGCUCUAUGCUGUCGUACGAUGGUACGCCGGGUAGUAGAUCGCCGGCUGGAAUGAGGUCGCCAAAUUUGCGGGCCUCUUUGGCUGGACAGCGUCGGCCUCAUUCUCAUGCACGCUCUGUCUCGACUGCCGGCAGAGAACAGUUGCGUGGGUUGAACCGAGAGGAUCUGCUCCAAUACCGCAAUUCGGAUGUUAGCACCAUCGUGAGAGAAGAUUUCUUGCGAUCUGGUAUACAUUUCAGUCACUGA